UGUGUUAUGUGCAUCCAAAUGAGAACUCCUUCUCCUUCUCCUCUCACGCUUCUUAUCUGCAACCUAUUCUUAUUAUCACUCUUCUCUCAAAUUUCACAUGCAACUGACACCAUCACCCAGGACCAGCCACUCUCCGAGGGCACAACCUUGGUUUCGAGAGACGGAACCUUCGAGUUGGGUUUCUUCAACCCGGGAGCCUCCAACAACCGCUACGUGGGAAUAUGGUACAAAAACAUCGCUGUCAGAACCGUUGUUUGGGUCGCCAACCGCGACAACCCUAUCAAAGACAACUCCACCAACGCCAGGUUACUCAUAACCCAACAUGGAAACCUCGUAGUCCGCACCGACAACGACACUCUCCUCUGGACAACAAACGCAACCACGAAGCUUUCGAAUCCAAUUGCGCAGCUCUUGGACACGGGAAACUUGGUGAUAAGAGAUGCCAAGGAAGAGAGCGUUUUGGUGUGGCAAAGCUUUGACUUUCCUUGCGACACGCUUUUAUCGGGAAUGAAGCUUGGGUGGGACCUGAGAAGGGGUCUUAACCGGCGUCUUACUUCUUGGAGAAACUGGGACGACCCAUCUUCGGGGAACUUGGUUUUGGAAGUGACGUUAGGAAGCAAUCCUGAAAUUGUGACAUGGAAGGGUGGCGUUGAGUACUUCAGGACUGGGCCUUAUAAUGGGCUUCAGUUCAGUGGAGUCUACGGGCCCAGGAACAACCCGCUUUACGAUUACGUCUUUGUCAACAACCAAGACGAAGUCUACUUCCAAUACAUCCUCAGGAAUAGUUCCGUUGUUUCUUUAAUCGUCAUGAACCAAACCCUUAGUCUUCGUCAACGUCUCACUUGGAUUCCCGAAACAAAGACUUGGACCGUUUACCAGUCCUUGCCGCGGGAUAGUUGUGAUGUUUACAACGUUUGUGGGCCCAAUGGGAACUGCCUCAUUGCUGGGUCGCCCAUUUGCGAGUGUUUAGAGGGGUUUGGGCCGAAGUCGGCCCAGCAGUGGAACGCGAUGGACUGGAGGCAAGGGUGUGUGCGCAGUGGAGAGUGGAGGUGUGGGGUUAAAGAUAAAGAUGGGUUUCGUAGGAUUGGUAGUAUGAAAUUGCCGAAUACUACGUUUUCUUGGGUUAAUGAAAGUAUGACACUUGAGGAGUGCAGGGUCAAGUGUUUGAAAAAUUGUUCGUGCACGGCUUAUUCGAACUUGGACACGAGGGGAAGAGGUAGUGGGUGUUCCAUUUGGGUUGGUGAUCUUAUUGAUUUGAGGGUUGUAGAAAGUGGGCAAGAUUUAUAUGUUCGAAUUGCAACUUCGGAUACGGAUGGUAAACAUGGGAAUCAGAAAAAGGUUGUCGUGGUAGCGGUUGCUAUCGUAGCUUCGUUGGUCUCUCUGAUGUUAUUGGCAUUCUGUAUUUAUAUGACCAGAAAAAGAUAUAAAGGAAAAACAAGAACAAGAAUGUUAACGGAGCAAAAAGAUCAAGGAGGACAAGAAGAUUUGGAGCUUCCUUUUUUUGAUCUUGCCACGAUAGUUAACGCUACUAACAACUUUUCAAUUGAUAAUAAGCUUGGUGAAGGUGGUUUUGGACCUGUAUAUAAGGGUAUAUUAGUAGACGGACAAGAAAUAGCAAUCAAGCGACUUUCAAGAAGUUCAGGACAAGGAUUGAAAGAAUUUAGGAAUGAAGUUACAUUGUGUGCCAAACUCCAACACCGAAAUCUUGCUAAGGUUAUUGGUUAUUGCAUUGAAGGAGAGGAAAAAAUGUUACUCUAUGAAUACAUGCUGAAUAAAAGUCUUGAUUUAAUUAUUUUUGAUUCCAUUCAAAGAAAAUUUUUAGAUUGGCCAAUGCGCUUGAACAUUUUGAAUGCAAUUGCUCGGGGACUUCUUUAUCUUCAUCAAGAUUCUAUAUUAAGGAUCAUACACAGGGAUUUGAAAGCAAGUAACAUUUUAUUAGACAAUAAUAUGAAUCCAAAAAUUUCAGAUUUUGGUCUUGCUAGAAUGUGUGGAAGCGAUCAAGUUGAAGGGAGUACAAGCAUCAUAGUUGGAACACAGCAUGGAAAUUGUGGAAAAAUGGUACUCCAGAGAAAUUGAUUGAUGUUUGUUUGGAAAACUCAUGUAAUAUAUUUGAAGUUGUGCGAUGCAUUCAAAUUAGUCUUCUAUGUCUACAACAUCAUCCAAACGAUAGGCCG